AUGCCUAGACUCGGCUCGAAGAAGAGUCGCUCAGGAUGCACACAGUGUAAAGCAAGACGCGUGAAGUGUGAUGAGAGUAGACCAUGUGGCGCGUGUACUAGAUAUCGAGUCGAGUGCAGUCUUCUAGGAGGUGCAAGCCAAAGUCCACCCCGUUCGGAUACUACUUCUCCACGUAACACUCAAGCGCAUGCACCCGAUGAUCCGCUCACUACCAACGCGUCACCACCUACAAAUGGGAGUGCUGCAAGUCCACUAGGCUCCGGCACAAUCCAGGAAGAAUGUGUAUCCUCGGUGCCCGGAAGUAUUUCAACGACAGAAUGGAUGCAAGAUCUGGAGUUAACGCAUCAUUACACUGCGCAUGCGUACCAAACUAUGCCUGGCACUGAGCACGUCAAACAGAUCUGGGGCUUCGCUGUCCCACAAGAAGCAUUCAAGUAUCCUUUUCUCUUACACAGCAUACUGGCCUUUUCUGCGAAUCAUCUUGCGUACAUCAACCCUUCUAAGGCGGCACACUUUCGCAUUGCUGCUUCUGCACAUCAAAGUGCAGCAUUGACAAGCCUUAACCACGCUGUUGCAAACAUCGGCCAUCUAAACUGCCAUGCCAUUUUUGCCGCAGCUUCAAUGACUGUCAUCAAUGCAUUUGCCGACGCACGAGCGUACAACUUGGAUGUUCUAGUUGAAACCUUCCAAUUAGUACGCGGAAUGGAUUAUGUACUAAACAAUGUCACCGACAUGUUGAAGAAGGGCCCCUUCGCAGCCAUUGUCCUACCUGUCGAAGAGACACCCAAGCCGCCGUCCCUGUUGUCUGCCUUUCUUGUGGAAAUUCAAGCGCUGAGUCGUCCCACUACCGCAGAAUCAUCACCAGACGAUCUAGCUGCUGCUAGAGCGGCUGAGGUACUCCGGAAUGGCCUUCAAUACGCGAUGAAUUCCUCCACUCAUCCAGCCUUGCGGGCAGCAAUGAUAUGGCCGAUCAGCGUCACACCAGAGUUUAUCGAAGCGCUCAAGUCAAGAACACACCCAGGGGUCAGGGCCAUUUUGAAGCACUAUUGCAAGCUUCUGGAGUAUGCAAGUCUUGACUUCUGGUUCUUCACGGGAUGGAGAGGAAUUUCGCAGCACUUAUGA